AUGGUGAUUGAUCAGGCCAAAUUCCUCAAGCUAUUGGAUAACAUGGAACACGCUGCAUCUAACCUUAAGUCUGCGCAUUUCAAGGAUAACUUGAAGCAUCUUCACUACAUUUCUUUACUCUCAUUGGCUUACCUUGUGGGAAGUUCAACUAGAAUUGUCCAUUUAAACAAAUGGGUUUCUGUACAACGGCUUAAGGAUAAUGUACAAAUGCCUAGGACUAACAAUGUGUCAUGGAGGGGAAAUUCUGGGUUGCAAGAUGGAGGGUGUAUUGAUUUGAUUAUGAGGAUCUGGAGAGGAAGAAUAGAGAGAAGUUCUAUCGGUGACAACAUAACUGGGGGUGCAUCUGUAGAUGAACGUGGUGAAUCAUCAUCGAAGAGGAAGAAACCCAUUAGGCAUAAUGCCGAUCAGAUUCAAGAUCUUGAAUUGUUUUUCAAAAAGAAUUCACUUCCUAACAAAAAAGUACGACUAGAACUUGCAACAAAAUUAUCCAUGGACAUCAACCAGUUGCAAUUGGAAUGGUACGAAAAUAAGACUCUAAAGCAAGAAAAUGACAAGCUUCGCAUAGAGAAUAUUGUAAUGAAGAAAGCCUUGGAAAAUUCAAUUCGUGACAAUUGUAAAGAAAACAUUGAUGAUAAUCAAAUAAAGAUUGAGCAUGACCAAUUGGAAGAUGAAGUAAAAAGGCUUACCGCCCAAGCGCUGUAUGAGAAUGAUAAACCUCUUUGGGUAAGUAAUUUGGAUGGAGGUGGAGAAACGUUAAAUAUUAAGGAAUAUGCUCGAUUGUUUACCCUAUUAAUUGGCACGAAACCUGAGCAUUUCACAAUGGAAGCCACAAGGGCAUCGGGUACAGUGGCUGACACCAGUUUGGCAUUGGUGAAUACACUAAUGGAUAAGAGGCAGUGGGUAGAGAUGUUUCCAUGCAUUGUUGGAAAAACAUAUACUACUGAUGUGAUUUCCACUGGCAUAGGUGGAAAUAAGAGCGAUUCUCUGUUAAUGAUUAAAACUGAAUUGCAAAUCAUUUCUGACCUAGUUUCUGUUCGCAAAGUACAAUUUCUUCGCUUCUGUAAGAAACAUGCUGAAGGUGUCUGGGCUAUCGUCGAUGUGUCUGUUGACACAAUUCAAGAAGGUUCACAAGAGAGCGAAAUUGAAAAUUGUCGAAGGCUCCCAUCUGGCUGUAUUUUACAAGAUAUGCCAAAUAGUUAUUGCCAGGUCAUAUUUUUCUCUAGUAAUUUUGUAAUAUUGAUGAAAUAUUUUCUGGUUACUUGGAUUGAGCACAUGGAAUAUAAUGAAAAUCUUGUCCACGAUUGGUAUCGCCCUUUGAUAAAGAUUGGUCUGGGAUUUGGUGCUCAAAGGUGGAUGGCUACUUUGCAAAGACAAUAUCAGUUCAUGAAAAUGAUGAAGUCAAUUAUUGAUCCCAUAGUUGAUUUAAGUGGUGAAAGAGGUAUAAGGAUGUUGGCUCAACGCAUGACGCAUAAUUUUUGUGCAGGGGUUUGUGCAACCGCUCACUAUUGGGAAAUAAUUCAACUAGCAAAUGAAGAAAAUUCCAAAUUAAUGAUGAGGACGAAUAUCAGUGACCUUGGUGAAUCGACUGGUGUGGUGUUAAGUGCUACAAAGACAAUCUGCUUACCAGUGAAACACCAACGUUUGUUCAAAUUCCUCACUAAUGAACAAAUACGGAGCCAGUGGGAUGUCUUGUCUAAUACUUGUCCCAUGAAACGAAUGAUCAUUAUUUCUCAGGGUCAAACUGUCGACAGUAACAUUUCCCUCUUUUUUCCUCAUGGGGAUGAUUCUGGUGCUAAUCGAGUGAUCUUGCAAGAUACUUGCAUGGAUGCAACUGGAUCUCUUUUGGUUUAUGCUACAAUUGAUUCAGAAGAAAUUAAUACCGUGAUGAAAGGGGGAGACUCUUCUUGUGUGACUCUCUUCUCAAAUGGAAUAACAAUAGUCCCGGAUUGUUUUCAAAAAAUUUCUACAACUAAUAACUAUUGUUAUUUCUAGGAGAUGAAUAAUGGGUUUGGUGGUGGAUCGUUGAUGACUAUCAGCUUUCAAAUGGCGGGGAACAUCUUUCCAGCUACGACUCUUUCUAUUGAGUUGGUCAAAGAAGCAAAUGCACUCAUCUCACAAACAAUUCAUAAGAUCAAGAGUGCUCUUAAAUGCAAGUGA